CUGUGCAUGCGAGCGGAGCCCGCGGGCGCAACUCUCCGCACGGCUCCUGCUGCAGGGAGACGGCGGCAGUCAUCUCUGCACCUUGCCCUCGGGGAUUAUAGCAGGGGCGGCCCUGCCCACGCCGGCUGCUCCGCGCUGGGACCUGGGGUCGUCGUCUGUGGAGUGGGCGCGGGACCGGGGCAGGGGGAGGCAUGAUCUGAUCCGGAGCCUGGGCGCCGCUUUGGGUCCGUUCCGCUGGCUGCCCUCACCUUUCGCUGUGGCAGCAGCCGCAGCCGGUGUCCGCUAUGGAGCCCCAGGUGUGACAGAGGCGUUAGACGAGGUGGACACUUGUGAGUGGAGGACGAGGCGUGAGUGUCUGUGACCAGUGGAAUGGAGGCCUGAUGUAAAUGCAAACAUGGAUGAAGAGGAAGCGCUUAACUCUAUUAUGAAAGAUCUGGCAGCACUGGGCAAAUGCGGGGGACUGCUGGACAGCAACAGGAACAAAACCAGCGUUCACUCUAAACAGCAGCGGAAUGCCAGGAUCAAGUUUGAAUAUGAUGGAGAGAAAAGGAUUCUCCAGUUUCCAAGACCAGUCAAAUUCAAAGAAGUGCUACAGAAAGUCAUGGAUGCUUUUGGACAGAUGAUGGAUUUGCACUAUGCAAACAAUGAGCUCCUGAUCCCACUGAAAUCCCAGGAAGACUUGGACCGAGCAGUGGAGCAUUUGGACCUUAGCCCUUCUCUGAAGAGCCUGAGGGUGUUUGUGAAGGCUCCAAGGAAAGCGAACUUCCUCCAGCCCAACAACAGUAAGCAGCAUGAGAUGAGAAUAUCCAAAUCCAUGGGCGACAUCAUGGGGUCCCUUUAUAAAGACGUUGAGAGGACGCGGAAGUAUUCAACAGGUUCCCUGCACACGGGCCGGAGUUCUCCACCCCCGGGGAGCGUUCCUGAAGAACAGCAGCAGAUCGCUCGGCAGGGCUCCUACACCAGUAUUAACAGCGAAGGGGAGUUCAUCCCUGAGACUAUGGACCAGAAUAUGCUUGAACCUUUCAUUAGUCCUGAUGAGUCACUCUCUGGGAGCUGCCAGUCCCUGGACAGAUCUAUAGACAGCCCGCCCUUUACCCAAACCCCUGUUCCCAGAAGGAAGAGCCAACCCAAAGACAGUCUUGAUUGCCUGGAUUUCGAUAUCCCAUUUUGUGAGCGAUUCGGGAAAGGUGGGACCUUCCCCAGACAAUAUCACCUUUCCCAGAGCCGCAAGGACUAUAGCGACGGCCGAAGGACUUUCCCAAGAAGUUACAUCCCUCAGGAGAAUCGGUUUCAGCUCGUCCCUUCCAGCAGAACAAAGAGCUUCAACGGGGACAGCAAGCUCCUCACCUUACAGUACGAGGAGCACAGGACCAAAUGGUGGAUCGACUGUGACAAGGGACUGCAGGUUUUCAGCACGUCCUCCAGCAAGUCCAGGAACUCCCUGCAGGCGCCAGUGAACUGGAGGUUGGGGAAGCUCCUUGGCAGAGGGGCCUUCGGAGAGGUUUAUCUCUGCUACGACGCAGACACUGGCAGGGAGCUGUCGGUGAAGCAGGUGCCCUUUGACCCAGACAGUCAAGAGACGAGCAAGGAGGUAAAUGCCUUAGAAUGUGAGAUCCAGCUGUUGAAGACCCUUCGCCAUGACAGGAUAGUCCAGUAUUACGGUUGCUUGCGGGAUCCAGAGGAGAGGAAGUUGUCUAUCUUUGUGGAAUACAUGCCAGGGGGUUCCAUAAAGGACCAAUUAAAAGCAUAUGGUGCUCUGACCGAGAACGUCACCCGGAAGUACACCAGGCAGAUCCUGCAGGGAGUCUUCUACUUACACAGCAAUAUGAUUGUCCACAGGGAUAUUAAAGGUGCCAACAUUUUGCGAGAUUCUGCUGGGAAUGUGAAACUAGGAGAUUUUGGAGCCAGCAAACGCAUCCAGACCAUCUGCAUGUCUGGAACGGGAAUUAAAUCAGUCACCGGAACGCCGUACUGGAUGAGCCCAGAGGUGAUCAGUGGAGAAGGCUAUGGAAGGAAAGCUGACGUGUGGAGCGUGGGCUGCACUGUGGUGGAGAUGUUAACAGAAAAGCCACCCUGGGCAGAAUUUGAAGCCAUGGCGGCCAUUUUCAAAAUUGCCACCCAGCCGACCAAGCCCCAGCUCCCAGUCGGUGUCUCGGACUCCUGCCGCAACUUCCUCAAGCAGAUCUUUGUGGAAGAGAAGCGGAGGCCCACAGCAGAGGACCUGCUGAGACAUUCAUUCAUGAACUGCAGCCUCUAGUCCCUUGCGGCGGGUUAGGGGAAAUGCAGGUGAAAGAUAAAAGGAAAUGGGGGGUGGGGGGUUUAAAAAACAGACCCACAGACCGUUGUGCUCUGAAAUGCAGACCUCAGCCUGGGUUGGGAUCCUUCACUCCUCAUUGUAAGCUAGGGGGCCACUGUCGGUGUUCCUUUGUAAGCUGCACUUAUGACCAUCUAACUGUGGAGACAGGUGGCUGUCGCCACGUUUGGGGCUGGAGGGAGUUCGGAAUUGGGGAUCAUCCUUGGAACACAUCGCCAUCGAUGCUAGGGGCAAACUCGCCCGCCCCGUUAUUGAUUGGAUGUCUCGUAGCAGAGGAGCUGGGAAUAGUAACUCACUCGCUUCAGAGGAAUGAUGGAACGAACUCUGGCACCCCCUGCUGGCUGUGAAAGCAGCACUGGCAACAUCCCACAAGGAAGCCGUCUCUUCCGCAGGGUAGCAGCAGUGGCUGCCGUUUACAGUUUGACAGACACCGAGAGGGAUUCAGACAUGAAACAAAGGGAAACAAACCCAGGACCAAAGAAUGAUCGGCAUAGGUGUGUCGUUCGUGUCAAAGGGGGAAAGCAAUCUUGUUGUGGGGGUGGGGAUGGGAGGCAAAGUCCAUAGCAACAUCUCCAGCCCUUCAGAGGGGAGGAUUCGGGUUGUUUUGUGCCUUAGGUGGUUACAGUGGAGUGAGAGCCUCAUUCAGCACAAGGUAUCCAGUCAAGGACAUGACUACAAUGCAGCCAUGCUGAGUCGGCGUUCUUGUACCUGUAAAAUAGUAUAAGUGCAAGGCAUUCUUCUUCUCUGGAUACAAUAAGGUCCCUGUCGGUUAUUCAUUGGUAAAGCUGGCCACAGGACCUCUGUGUGUUCAUCCAUUGUUCAGCGAAUGUGUGUGUCUAUAUGAUGCUGAUGCCAGUGGCGCCCUCAGCUCAGCACAAGCUUGUUCUUCAGCGCCUGAUCCUGUUCCCACUGAAACAGUCGCUGCUCGCCCAAGCCCUGCCUCCUCCCCAACUGAUCAAGUUGACAAGAGUAAACAGGACAAAUGCCCAUUUUUGUCAGGAUGGCUGGGACAGGGCUUAAAAAAGGGUCUGUCCUGGCCAAAACAGGACAUGUGGUCACCCUAUCACUCCUUGCCCCAUAAGGGAAGUGAGCUGUGCCAGCUCUUUUCCUGGCACAGUUGCCUUCCCCCUCCAUGUUGGCUCAGGAGUGUUUCAGGAGUGGAGUCAAGUCUCUGCCCACCUAUGUGGGAGGGGGAGGAGCAGCCUCUCAGCAACACACACACACAACCCUCAUCCACUGAUUUUAAUGGGAACGGAACAGGUGAGGGUGUAAGUAACUGUUUCUCAUAUCCCUAGCUGUGCCAGCCUGUGACCAGUUCCAAUAUGCUGCUAACAAAGGGUCCAGCCUGCAGAGCGCCGAGUGCCUUCAGCUCUGUCCCUUGUAGGAUCAGGCCCUAGAUGACGCUGCAGAGCAUCAAGUGUAGAAAAGCUGUGCAGGAGGUAGAAUUCACCCCAGCGCACAGAACUAGCACAAGGGCUCGGUACCUCUCAAGGCCUCAAAAGGGGACAUUUGUGGGACUUCAGUGAUACAUAGACUCUGUGCAAGGGCUGUAUGCAGGGGCAUAUUUCAUCCCGAGGCCAGGUCUAGACUACAGACCUAUAUUGGUAUAAGUACAUCGC